GGCGAGCACGUCAAGAGCAUUUAUUGGUCGAAUCAUAUCGGAUCGUAUCUCUAUCAAUAAAAGCCCAUACCAGUAGCCUGUAAAUUAGCAGCCGAGAUUGGAAAGAUCGGGAAACGAGAGAACGGAAGAAUGAAGCAGAUCUUCGUGAAAACUUUGACGGAGAAGACAAUCGCUCUCGAGGUCGAAAAUAGCUACACCAUUGACAAUGUCAAGGCUGAGAUCCAAGAGAGGGAAGGAAUUCCAUCUGAGCAGCAGCGGUUGAUGUUUGCCGGCAAGCAACUUGAAGAUGGAAGAACUGUGGCUGACUACAACAUCCAGAAAGAAUCAACGCUUCAUCUGGCGCUGAGACUUGUGGGAGGGGGGCGUGGAACAAUCAAGCUUGCUCCAGGAAUAAGGGCUAUAGCUCAAAAAUACAAUGAGCACAAGCAAAUCUGCCGCAAGUGUUAUUCCCGUCUUCCUCUGAAAGCCACAAACUGCAGGAAGAAGAAAUGUGGUCACACCAAUGAGUUGAGGCCCAAGAAGCCAUUUGACUCUAAGCUAAGCCACUAGACGAACCGAAGAACCAAUACUAUGCGUUUCGUGCUAGUUAUUAGUUUACCUAAUCGUUAAGUCUUAUACGGAGUGUUAUGGACUUUGGAUGGUUUGGAUGUUACUUUAUUUGAAAACAUGGAUGCUCUUUGUUCGCAAUGCAGUUUCGUUUGUCUUUUAUUCGAGUGUGUAAUAUUUAUAUUCUCCAUUCACCCAUUUAACUCCGUUCGGGAUUGUUUAAUUUCUUACUCCAUUUCAUUCAUUUUGUCGUUUGGUGUAG